ACAGAGCAUCUUAAUUAUUUCUUAACGAAAUUUGAGUCUAUCAAUUACUUUAAGUUUUACUGUUCAAUUCUGUUGAUCUUAAUCUGAAUUGUUUGCCUCAAGCACUGUUUAAUUUAAACCCUCGCCCCCUCCCCCGCGCUCCCCUCACCUCCCCUCCCUUUUUGUUUUCAAGUGACAGGGCUUAAAGUUGUACAACCAUUCUCUUCAGGUUGGGUUAUUGAAUUUAUCAGUCUUCUACUUGGCCUCUGAUCAAUAUACUUAAUUCAAUGUAUUCCGAUCUAGGCAUUGAAAACAGAGUAGAAGUAAAUUUGGAGCUUCUUAUACAGCUUAUCGAUUCUGCUUUAUCUGCCAUAGUGACUGACAAGAGCUGCCGUAGUGACAAGGGGGAAGGUGGUAUGAAAGUCACUGAUUUUGUUCAGCCUGCUACUUCUGGAAUUUUUGAACUAUUAGAAGGCCGCAUCUCAGAGGGCUCUAAAUUAUUUUCAAAUCAGAAAUCACUAUCCUCGAGCACAUGGGCUACUGAUGCAAGAACGGUGGCUGUGGAUGUUCUCAGAGGAGUGGGUAAUAUCCAGUGGAGCGCAGUUGGGCUGUUAGCAGUAGCGAUUGUUCUUGAAAGGCUCGACAAAAUUUCCUCAAACGACAGAGAAUGUGUGGAUCUUCUCCGAGGGAUGAAUGACUUAGCAAAAUGUAUUAAGCAGCUCCAGGAAAUCAAAGCCCAUUUACAUAAGGAGAUCACAGAAAAGAUGUCUGAGGGUGUUUGUCUGAUAAUCACUGGAGCAAUGAUGUGCUGUUCUGUUAUUCGAUCUAAGAAAUUAUCGAAGUAUGUGUUCCUUAUCAUCUGCAUAACUUAUUAACCAAUGAAGAUAUUAUAUUGAUCCUUUGGGUACAGUAACAAAUGCUAACGGCAGUUUUUCUCUUCUAUUUGUGAUUGUGCGUCAAGGCCAACUUCCACUGUUUACAAGCUUACUGAUCGUUAAGACAUUCAAAAGAGCUUCAUUAAAUAACUCGCGAGACAUAUGAAAACCCAUGUACUGAAAUCCCUUUCAACCCAUCGAUUCUCUGCAUAGCACCCAUCGUAGCAAGAAAGUAGGAUUACAAAUCAUCCCAUCAAGCAUACUUACAUCUCAGCUUCCAUCUAAAGAACUAGGAUUAAACUGGGAAUCUAUACCAGUAAUAGGAUGACCAAAAUAUUAUUGACCUACAAUUCUUACGAAAGAGUUUAGCUUAGCAUUAAUAGCUUAAGGUAUUUUUAUUUUCCGUGACUGCAGAUCCUGGCGAGUCCUUCCUCUCAAGGAGGAUUUUGUUUAGGUGACUUCGCUAGAAAUGGUUAAUAAAUAAC